UUACAGUGAACAGCUGUCGUUUGCUAGCUCAUGGCCCUAAUCUUCAAUGUAGCUGAUUCUGUUCUUCAUCUGCUUUAACUACACCGGCAAGCAUCAAUCGAAAUGGCAUGGAUAAGCAUGCGUAAAUUACUUAUAUCCUCGGCGGUUUUUCGAUUGGUUUUGAUUAUCUACGGGGAAUGGCAAGAUACCCAUAUGGAAGUUAGAUACACAGAUGUGGAUUACCUAGUUUUCUCCGAUGCUGCUUCUUUAAUGGCGUCUGGAGAAUCACCUUACAAGAGAAGUACUUAUAGAUAUUCGCCUUUACUUGCGUUUUUGCUAGUGCCCAAUUCGAUUAUUCAUAGAUCAUGGGGUAAAUUCAUCUUCUCUGCUUCAGAUUUACUUGUGGGCUUGUUCAUCCGCUAUAUAUUAAAGCUGCGUAAGGUGCCCGAGGAUCUAUGCUUAUAUUCUGUAAUGGUAUGGCUCCUCAAUCCAUUUACCUUCACCAUUGGAACCCGUGGGAACUGUGAGCCCAUUGUUUGUGCCAUGAUUUUGUGGACCAUUAUCUGUCUUAUGAAUGGUAAUGUGGUCCAAGCUGCAUUUUGGUAUGGGCUAGUUGUCCAUUUCAGAAUUUACCCUAUAAUUUAUGCAAUUCCUAUAGUUCUGGUUCUUGAUCCACGCAACUUACGGUCUGGUAAGAGGCCUCCUCUUGUGAGUUGGAAACCGAAUGAAGGGAAGGCAUCUCAGACUAGGUCAGAAUCAACUGCAGAAUGCGGUUUGUGGACUCGAUUGAAAAUGAUAUUUACGAGAGAAAGAAUAAUGUUUGGAUUUGUCUCAGGAGCUGUUUUUCUUUCCUGGACUGCAUUCUUUUUCUGGUUAUAUAGAUGGGAGUUCUUGAAUGAAGCAUUGCUAUACCAUCUUACACGAACUGAUCCAAGACACAAUUUUUCCAUCUAUUUCUAUCAUAUAUAUCUUCAUUACGAACACGAGUUUUCAGUGGUGGAAAAGCUUGUCUCAUUUUUGCCUCAACUUGUCGUUCAAUUGGUUCUCAUUAUUCGAUUUGCGCAAGAUCUUCCAUUUUGCAUUUUUCUGCAGACGGUGUCAUUCGUCGCAUUCAAUAAGGUAAUCACGGCACAGUACUUUGUGUGGUUCUUUUGCUUGUUACCGCUGAUACUGCCGUGGAGCAAUAUGAAGGUGAAGUGGAAAGGUUUAUGCUGCAUGGUGGUAUGGAUAGGAGCUCAAAGCCAUUGGUUAUUGUGGGGUUAUAUGCUUGAAUUUAAAGGCAAAAAUGUAUUUGUGCAGCUUUGGCUGGCAAGCUUGUUGUUUCUUGCUGCUAAUACUUUUGUAAUUGUCAUGUUUGUAUGUCACCGUAGAUACUCUGUAGUUUUCAAGCCAAUAGAGCAUCCACCUUCCAAGAAAUCUGAAUGAAAAUUCUUCUGUUACUUAUA